AUGAAGUUUGCAGAUGCAGUCACGGCGCUGCUGUGGACAUCACUGCUCCAGGCGAAGCACCUUUGUGCAUACAAGGUGUCAUCACCUGUGGAUCCGUUGUGUGCCCAGGAAGCGGAAUGCGAAGAUUUGGUGAAAUCUUGGGGCUGUGCAGGCACCUUUCGCUUGAAGUGUCCUGGCCUGGACCAUCCCCUGGGUCCAAGUGCCCUGGAUACAACUGUGGCCCGGCUUUGCCCGACAGAUUGCCCUGAUGGAGAAGGUCUGCCGAAGGCAGAGGAGGUGGUCGACAAGGAGAUGGCAGAGGCCUCAGGGGCGCUUCCCGUCUCGGAAGCUCAAGUCAAUGAGGCCAAAGGCAUCGUGACCUGCCUCUUGGAAGAGAUGGAGGCCACUAAGGACUCGGUGCGGCAGAAAGAGAUCCUUGAAAUCAUGGAGGCGGAGUGGGCAGCCAAGGCUGAGCCCAUCGCAGACAACCAGUCGGCGAUGAAUGUGGAGAUGCACGCUCGCGAGGCCGCGCACCACAUGAUCGAGGACGAGUUCCACGAAGCUGAGGAGAAGGCCUUGCAGAAGAUGAACAUUGGCAAGGAAGGGGUGGAGACCUUCGCUACGGCGGUGGAGAAGGUAGCGCGCACCUGCAACGAUGCAGGGGAGGCCACUGCCGUGCACAAAAUGGUGGCAGAUGGGUUGGAGCUGAGCGAAGUCCAGGGACAGCCCAGUGGCGAGGCAGCUCUUCAGGCCGAUCUCGUUGCUUCCCACACGAUUCAGAAGUGCAAGGACGAAACCUUGGAUCUUGACUACUUCGUAGAGCAUGUCACAGUGAAGGAAGGAGCCCACUGCGGCAGCGCUUUCCUUCAAGAGAAGCACAUGGAAAAGGCCCAGAAGCACUUGCAGGAGUUGGAGUUCCAUGCAAAGGCUGCCUUGAUCCUGCACAACGAGUCUCAUCCUCUGGGGCACCAUGUUCUCAGACACCUAAGGGAGCACUCCGACCACGAGGGCCAUGAGGAAGAGCGCCCGUCCUUCUUCAUGAAGCCCUUUGUGCAGGUCCUGCAUGCGGCUGCCCGGGCACCUCUGUCACAGCAACACCUUGAGAGCUUGCAUCGCCUUGACGACCGGCACUACUCCUCCUUGAACGGGGACACCCGGGAUGCCCACUGCCAAGAGCGGGAAGACAUGGCCAGGGAUCAGCCGGACCACUGGUCUUUGCACCACGAGGGCAUCAAGGCCUACGUCGACUGCAUCUGCACUCAGCGGAAGCCUUCUCUGGUGUGCCAGGCUGUGCACGCAGAGGGCCUGGAUCAAGCUCUCGAAGAGGCCGAAAGGCAGGUAGACGAACACGCGGAGGCCGCACAGGCCGUGGGUGAAGCACCGCUCCCAGAUUUCGACGGCACGAAACACAUGGACGGGCACAUCUCGGAGCUUCAGACCUAUGCCAAUGACAGCUUUGAAUUUGGGUCGCAGCGGAUGAUUCCCAUAGGCCCCUGCGAUGCGCCUUUGUCGUGCACGGUGUGCACCGAAGGUGUUUGCGUGAGCGCUCCCUUCUCUGUGGGCAUGGAUGACACGUCCCCCUCCGGAUAUUUCAACAUGGGCAAGAACGUGUUGAAUGUGAUCUCCCAAG